GCGCGGCCGAGUUCCUUCUUUUUCUCCCCCCCCUCCGGGGUAAGGGAAGGUUUGGCUGGAACGACUUUGACAAAGAACUUCUGCCGCAAGAGUGGGGCUCUGACGACCCUCCACAGACCCCGCGAUCCUGGCGCCUGUCAGUUACCUUCAGUCCCCGCCGGCCCCUUGGAUGCAGCGUGACUCUACCACGAAAGGGACAUAGUUCCUCUUCUUUGGGCUGCCAUAGGGACACUGUUCUUACCACACACAGUCUUUGGAGCCAACAUCCUCACCAUACCCAUCUUCCUCCAGGACCACAGGAAUCCUAACUAGUCCUGCUUUAAAAGGAAGGGGUAUUGUAACUAUCCACUUAGACCUGUGACGUGUCUUUGGAACCACAGAGGAGUGCGGUCAUGCAUGUUUCCCUAUAAGACUUAACAAGAUGGAUGAUGCCAGUUCCUCCCAUGAAGCUCUACUUCCUGGGAACCCAAUCUGUAGUCAAGAAGAAGAGACAGAGGCUAACAGCACAGUGGCAGACUGCUCACAAAAUCAGGGUUCUGUGAACUUUGUGGAUGUGGCUGUGAACAUCACCCAGGAGGAUACAGUUCAGCGUAACUUCUGCAGUCAUGUGAUGGCAAGGAAGCCCCGGAACCUGGCCGCAGUAGGGUGCCAGAAGCUCAACAAGCCCAGAGCUUUGUCCUUGAAGGGAGAGAAGUCAGUGGUGCAGAGCGGAGCUCCCCAGGAGUUGGAAAUGCAACUACAAACCAAAGAUUUAGUGCUUCAGCCAGACUUUUUUACCGGCCAUACCUGUAGAGGUACACAAAGGGGCUCAGUGACCUUUGAGGAUGUGGCUGUGGACUUCACCCCGGAGGAGUGGAUGUCCUUGGACCCGACGCAGAGAAGCCUGUACAGAGAUGUGAUGCUGGAGAAUUACCGGAACCUGGCCACAGUGGGAGGUCAGCUGUUCAAACCCAGCCUGAUCUCUUGGUUGGAGGAAAAAGUGGAGUUGACCGUAGUGGAGCAAGGCAUUCUCCAAGAAUGGGAAAUGCAUCUUAAAACCAAAGGUACAGCAGUUGAACGAGAUAUCGUUUGGUCCGAUGCAUCAAAUAGGAAACUACUGGCAGGAAGCCACAGUGGAGGGGAGCUCUGUGACUCUAAGCAAGCUGGAAAAGUCUUUGGUGAACACUCAGAUCUUCAGACACACACGAGUAGUGCAAAUACAGAGCACACUUCAGAGUGUGGUCGGUGUGGGAAAGCCUUCUUGCCGCUCAAGGAGAGGUCUGCUGAAGAGAAACUUUCUCUGGGGUCCCAGAGUGUAAACGGGGCCGUGCUCCCUCUGGAUAAAUUCUUUGAGUGCAGCGAUUGUGGGGAGGCCUUUGGUGAUGAGUCACACCUCGAGGCCCAUAGGAAAAUGCACGAUGGAGAAAAUGUCUGCAAAUCCGAGGAAUGUGGGCAAGCUUUAACUCGCCGCACAAGCCACGAUGGAUGUGGUCAGCCGCCCACUGGAAAGAAAUACUAUGAAUGUAAGAAAUGCGACAAGUUCUUCACACAUCCCAUCUACCUGAAUAUCCAUAUGCAAAGCCACCCCGUGGAGAAGCCCUAUGAUUGUAAGGAGUGUGGAAAAGCCUUCCCUGAGCGCUCGGGCCUCAUUGUCCACCUACGGCAACACACGCGCGAGAAGUCGUACGAGUGCAAGGAGUGUGGCAAAGCGUUUAUCCAGCCCUCGCGCCUCACCGAGCACAUGAGAAGCCACACGGGGGAGAAGCCCUUUCAGUGCGAGCAGUGUGGGAAUGCCUUUGCGUCCUCCUCGUACCUCACUACCCACUUGCGCACGCACACGGGAGAGAAGCCCUUCGAGUGUCAUGUGUGCGGGAAGGCCUUCACGCGCUCCUCCUACCUGCUGGGGCACAUUCGAACUCACACCGGAGAGAAGCCGUAUGAGUGUAAAGUGUGCGGGAAGGCGUUCAGCGGGCGCUCGUGGCUCACCAUCCACUUGCGCAAGCACACGGGAGAGAGGCCCUACCCCUGCCCUGAGUGUGAUAAGGCCUUCACCAGCUUCGCCCAGCUCACGGAGCACAUCAAGACUCACACGGGUGAGAAGCCCUUCCGCUGUAAGGUGUGUGCGAGGACCUUCCGCAAUUCCUCCUGCCUUAAGACCCACUUUCGGAUCCACACCGGGAUAAAACCGUACAAGUGCACUUACUGUGGGAAGGACUUCACGGCGCGCUCGGGCCUCACCAAGCACGUCCUCAUCCACAAUGGCGAGAAGCCCUACGAGUGCAAGGAGUGCGGCAAGGCCUUUGGCACGUCCUCGGGCCUCGUGGAGCACAUCCGGAUCCACACAGGCGAAAAGCCCUUCGAGUGUUACCAGUGUGGGAAGGCCUUGGCCCACUCGUCGUCUCUGGUAGCCCACUUGCGGACCCACACCGGGGAGAAGCCCUUCGAGUGCACCCUGUGCGAGAAAACGUUCACGCGCUCGUCCUACCUGCGCAUCCACAUGCGCACGCACACAGGCGAGAAGCCCUACGAGUGCAAGGAGUGCGGGAAAACCUUCCCCGAGCGCUCGUGCCUUACCAAGCACAUCAGGACACACACUGGCGAGAGGCCCUAUGAAUGUAAGGAGUGUGGGAAGGGUUUCACCAGCUUUGCCCAGCUCACUGUGCACAUCAAAACCCACAGCAACGAGAGGCCCUUUCAGUGUAAGGUGUGCACCAAGUCCUUCCGUAACUCCUCAUCCCUGGAGACCCACUUUAGAAUUCACACUGGAGUCAAACCCUACAAAUGCAGUUACUGUGGGAAAGCCUUCACGGCUCGCUCUGGCCUUACGAUCCACUUACGGAAUCACACGGGGGAGAAGUCCUACGCGUGCCAGGAGUGUGGCAAAGCCUUUACCACGUCCUCAGGCCUCAUCGCACACAUCCGAAGUCACAAGGGAGAGAAGCCCUUCGAGUGUGACCACUGCGGGAAGGCCUUUGCCUCCUCCUCCUAUCUCAAUGUGCAUUUGAAAAUCCACACGGGGGAGAAGCCCUUCCAGUGCACUGUGUGUGGGAAGACGUUUACGUGCUCCUCGUACCUGCCCGUCCACAUGCGCACGCACACUGGCGAGAAGCCCUUCCAGUGCAUGAUAUGUGGCAAGUCGUUCCUGUGGUCCUCCUACCUGCGUGUGCACAUGCGCAUCCACACCGGAGAGAAGCCCUAUGUGUGUCAGUACUGUGGAAAAGCCUUUACCGAGCACUCAGGCCUUAAUAAGCAUGUGCGAAAACAUACUGGAGAGAAACCCUAUGACUACAAGGACUGUGAGCCAGCCUUCGCUGAUCCUGCUGCAAAUGAACAGGAGAAUCCUUCCUGGAGAGAAGAAGCCCUUUGAAUGGAAGGCCGUCAGAAACCAUCCUCCCUUUUCUUUGUAAUUGAGAUUGAACUGACAGUCUUAAGGACUCUUAGGUCUAUUAGCAAUAUAUAUAAAAGCAAUCAGUUGUUGCUUUUUGCUUCUAAGACAUGAAAACUGUCAGUACUCCAUGAAUCUAGGGAUUGUGCUUGAGUCAUCCUGCUCUCACUGGAAACAGGUGAAGUGUUAGUCCUCAUGCAAGUCUUUACUAGAUCCGGGAGGUAGUGCAAAGAGAACUUACUGAUGCAGGCAUAGAAAACGCCAUUCUCACCCAGUGUCUCACAGUGGACAGAAGCUUGAUGGGAUUUGAGACUUCACUUGUCCCUUUGACUGAGUGGUGCUUCACACUGAACAGAAAGUACCCGUUCAUAAUAUGGGCUUGGCGUCACUGUGUCUUGAAAUCUGGUAUGACAGAGGACAUGGCCUUCUAGGUGGUUCUACAGAUAAAUUUUUAAAUAUUUCAAGUAUUUCUAGAUUUGUGUAUUUUUAUGACCUCCUUCUACAUUUCUAGUUUUCACUGGAGCUUUCCUUUUUAAAAUUUCCCUAUUUGAGAGGAUUGGAAACUUGUUUUUAUCUAGGACCACCCCCCCCCCGUGGUAGCAGGUCCUUAGACAUUGUGAAGCGAUGACAUAGGAUCUCCGGGUGUCUGUGCCCCACAUUGUCUGUUUCUUUGUGGUCUCAUGGAGCACUUUGUGCUGCCCUGGCAUUAACUCAGCUCCCCAUGUUGUAAUUGACACCUUAAUAUUUCACAGCUAUCUUUGACCAGUGUCAUUCGUACCCUUUCUCCCAUCACGCCCGUCCCUCCCAAGACCCUGGAAGACUUUGUUUAGUCUCUGUUGUAAAUCCCACCAGGUUCUCAGAGAUCUAUGUCUUAUUGUAUCUAGCUUAUUUGAAUUAAUAUAAUGUCUUUGAGCUUGAACUGUGUUAUGGCAAAUGACAGGCUUUCUUCUUCUCUGGCUAUUUUGUUGAAGACCACGUAUUAUUAUUAUUAUUAUUCAUUGUUCUGUCAAGGAGUACUUAGGUGGUUUUCAUACUGCUGCUAUGGGUGUAGCAGUAUGAACAGUGGUUUUAUGUCUUCAGUUCGAAACUCAGAAAGGGGUUUCUUUCUGUAGGGUAGUUGUCAUUUUUCUUUAGAGAUACUAGGGUUUGAAAUCAGGUCUCCACACUUGAUAGUAGGCCCAGCAUGGGAUUUCAAUUUAUUCAGUCUUUAGAUUUUUUUUCCCAAGAACAACCUGAAAAUGGAGGGAAAGAUGAAAGGUGACACAGUGGUCAUGUCAACAAAAUGUAACAGUUAUAAAUGUGUAUGGAUUCAGCUGGAUAUGGUAGCUCAUGCUUGUAGUUCCAGGUACUUGGCAGGCAGAGAUGGGAGGACUGGAGUUCAGGCCAGCACAAUCCCCAAGUUAGCAAGAACCCAUCUCAACCAAUAAGCCAGGGAUUGUGGCUCAUGCCUUUAAUUCCAGUUACGUAGAAGAAUAGGAGGAUUGCAUGGUCAGAAAAAUGUGAGACCCUCUCUGAAAAAUAACAAAAGUGAAAAAGGGCCAGGGGUCUGGCUCAAGUGGUAAAACAGUUGUCUAGCAAACAUAAGGCCCUGAAUUCAAAUUCAGUACCUCUCUCCCACCCCCAAAGAAAUCUAUUUGUAUAUAUAUAUGAACCAAAAUAUAGAAUACUCAAGUGUAGAAAGCAGAUAUUAACAUAUCUGUAAGGUGAAGUAACAAGUAUAGAAGAACAAGAGUAGGAGACACUUUAGCAAGACCAAGUAAAAAAUGGACUUGAACUAGACUUUAGGCCGAACAGACCUUGUAGACUUGUACUACAGAAUAACUCAUCCACAAGCACGGGGACAUCACGAGGUUUGUCUUUAUAGAAGACAUGAUGAAAGGUUGUUAGACCCUAGCAUUUUCUCAUCCUGGCCGAGGCCAGGAUCAGAUAUAUUAUGUCUUUUAGACAGGGUUUUACUGGGUAGCUUAAGGUGGCCUGCCUCAAUGAUUUCGAAGUUAUAAUCCCAUAUUGCAUUAACACAAUAAUGUCAAAAUACACACUAAGCUUAACACACUUGAUGGAAUUUGUAGUUCCUAAUUAAAAUGUGAUGAAUUUGAAUGGA